CCGCGCCCGCAGCGGAGCUGCGCGCCGGCACCAUGCUGGUCACCCUGAAGACCCUCCAGCAGCAGACCUUCAAGAUCGACAUCGACCCCGACGAGACGGUGAAGGCACUGAAAGAGAAAAUUGAAUCUGAAAAGGGGAAAGAUGCCUUUCCUGUAGCAGGUCAAAAAUUAAUUUAUGCAGGCAAAAUCCUCAAUGAUGAUACUGCUCUAAAAGAAUAUAAAAUUGACGAAAAAAACUUUGUGGUGGUUAUGGUGACAAAACCCAAAGCAGUGACAACACCAGCUCCAGCUACAACCCAGCAGUCAAAUCCUGCCACCACUACCACAGUUAGCUCCUCCACAGCUCCAACUGUGGCUCAGGCCCCAGCCCCUGCUCCCACUCUGGCUCCUACUCCUUCCCCUGCAUCCAUCACUCCAGCACCAACAACAGCGUCUUCUGAACCUGCACCUGCUAGUGCGACGCAACCAGAGAAGCCUGCAGAAAAGCCAGCAGAGACACCAGUAGCUACGAGUCCAACAGCAACUGACAGUACAUCAGGAGAUUCUUCUCGGUCAAACCUUUUUGAAGAUGCAACCAGUGCACUGGUGACAGGUCAGUCUUACGAGAAUAUGGUAACUGAGAUCAUGUCAAUGGGAUAUGAACGAGAGCAAGUGAUUGCAGCCCUGAGAGCCAGUUUCAACAACCCUGACAGAGCAGUGGAGUAUCUUUUAAUGGGGAUCCCUGGAGAUAGAGAGAGUCAGGCUGUGGUGGACACCCCUCCUGCGGUCAGCACUGGGGCUCCUCCAUCUUCGGUGGCGGCCGCUGCGGCGACUACGACGGCAUCAACAACCACAGCGAGCCCUGGAGGACAUCCCCUUGAAUUUUUACGGAAUCAGCCUCAGUUUCAACAGAUGAGACAAAUUAUUCAACAGAAUCCUUCCCUGCUUCCAGCAUUGCUACAACAGAUAGGUCGAGAAAAUCCUCAAUUACUUCAGCAAAUUAGCCAGCACCAGGAGCAUUUUAUUCAGAUGUUAAAUGAACCAGUUCAAGAAGCUGGUGGUCAAGGAGGAGGGGGUGGAGGUGGCAGUGGAGGAAUUGCAGAAGCCGGAAGUGGUCAUAUGAACUACAUUCAAGUAACGCCUCAGGAGAAAGAAGCUAUAGAAAGGUUAAAGGCACUAGGAUUUCCUGAAGGACUUGUGAUACAAGCAUAUUUUGCUUGUGAGAAGAAUGAGAACUUGGCUGCCAAUUUUCUUCUACAGCAAAACUUUGAUGAAGAUUGAAAGGGACUUUUUUUUUAAUCUCACACUUCACACCAGUGCAUUACACUAACUUUGUUCACUGGAUUGUCUGGGAUGACUUGGGCUCAUAUCCACAAUACUUGGUAUAAGGUAGUAGAUUGUUGGGGGUGGGGAGGGAGGGAUCUAGGAUAUAGGGCAGGGAUAAAUACAGUGCAUGUCUGCUUCAAUUAGCAGAUGCCGCAAAUCCACACAGUGUGUAAAAUAUUAUACAACCAAAAAUCAGCUUUUGCAGGUCUUUAUUUCUUCUAUAAAACAGUAGGUAACUUUUCCUAGGUUUCACUCUUUUUAGUGUACUAGAUCCAGAAAUUUAGUGUAAUGCCCUGCUUUAUAUUUCUUUGACUUAACAUUGGUUUCAGAAAGAAUCUUUGCUACCUAGAAUUUACAGUCUAUUUCAUGGCAACACUGGAUAAUGGCUUUGUGAAAUUGAAAAAAUUUUGCAGCAACCAUAAACAGAAAUGCCAAAUUAUUGAUGGUUAUUGUUGCUGCUUCAAAUCGGAUUGAAUUAAUGUGUAAGGAAGCCCU